GUGGUGGCAGGGACGCGCGGGAGCCUCUGGAAACCUUCCCAAGGAUCCUGGGAACCCGAGUCCCGGUCUGCUUUGCAGGCUCGGUGAUCUCAGAAUGCAGCGCUGGGAGGGCAACUGGCCCACUGAGCCAGGCUCGGGACCCUAAGUUGUUGGAACCUCAGUUUUCUGCUUUUCCAAUGGGGAUGUUAAUGAGUGCCAGGUUUAAGGCUAUUUUAUGUAAAGCCCCUUACUCAUUGUAGGCGCUUCAGAAAUGAUAGGUAAUUUUUUUAGGUAGUCCACUGAGAAUAUUUGCUUGCUAAGGUCCUGCUUACACCAGGAAGCAAAUUUAGGCCACGUAGGGGCAGGGAGCCCUAUUUUAUGGAGCACCUGGCGAGUGCCACUUAGCCACAAAUCAUCCACUGGCCCUGAUAAGCCGGGCGAGAAUUGGGAGGUGUGGGGUCGUGGCCGGACAGGAGACUGGUAUCCCAGAGACCCACAAAGGGUCUCAUUAGCCCUCAGACCUGGACUCUUCCGCCGAGUAACGCUGCAGGUCACACUAGAAUUGCGGCUGUUAGGAAGUCUGAUUUCGGUUUCCUUUUCUUGAGCUUGCUGUUCCACACCCCCACUGCGGCCAGGAGAUUUGCCCAGUGAUCAGUGAUGUAGAGAGGAUCCUGAGGUUCCCAUUGGCAGGCGGAGUUCAGCAGGGGCCAAUCCGGGCGCUUCUCCGGCAGAACACUCGUUGAAAGGCUCUGACGAGUUUGGAGAUUACUGGGAGUGGGGACCCGCUAUCAUCCGCUGUGCUCGCGGAGGAUCGGACCCGGAUCUGACCGCUGCGGGAGACUAGCAAAGAGCCUUCAGCUCACGGCCUGGAGCUCGGCACCGGGAACAGAAACCACCACCAGUGAACAGAGACCCAUCUGAGUUAAGGACACCAUGGCCAUGUCAGCACCACUGCGGAGUCUAGAGGAGGAGGUGACUUGCUCCAUCUGCUUUGAUUACCUGCGUGACCCUGUGACCAUUGACUGUGGUCAUGUCUUCUGCCGCAGCUGCACCACUGAUAUCCGCCCUGUCUCGGGGGGGCAGUCUGUCUGUCCCCUCUGCAAGAAGCCUUUUAAGAAGGAAAGCAUCCGCCCCGUGUGGCAGCUGGCCAGCCUGGUGGAGAACAUUGAGCGGCUGAAGGUGGACAAAGGCUGGCAGCUGAGGAAUGCAGCCCAGGAGCAGCAGGAUGUGAAGCUGUGUGAGCGGCACCAGGAGAAGCUGCACUAUUUCUGUGAGGAUGACAGGCAGCUGCUGUGCGUGCUGUGCAGGGAGUCCCAGGAGCAUCAGCCUCACAAGGCCGUCCUGCUGGAGAAGGCUGCCCAGCCCCACAGGGAACAAAUCCUGAACCACCUGGGCACUCUAAGGAGAGACAGAGACAGAAUUCAGGGCUGUCAGGCGAAGGGAGAAGCAGACAUCCUGGCUGCGCUGAAGCAGCUCCAGGAGCAGAGGCAGCGCAUCAUAGCUGAGUUUGAGCAGGGCCACCGGUUCCUGAAGGAGCGGGAGCAGCACUUGCUGGGCCAGCUGGCAAGGCUGGAACAGGAGCUCAAAGAGGGCCAGGAGAGGCACAACAGCAGGGGCGUCUCCGAGCUCACUCGGCUGGCAGGGCUCAUCUCUGAGCUGGAGGGCAAGGCGCAGCAGCCAGCGGCAGAGCUCAUGAAGGACACCAGAGACUUCUUGAACAGGUAUCCACGGAAGAAGUUCUGGCUUGGGAAACCCAUUGCUCGGUUGGUUAGAAAAAGGACGGGAGAAUUCUCAGAGAAACUCCUGUGUCUGCAGCGAGGCCUGAGAGAAUUUCAGGGGAAGUUGCUGAGAGACUUGGAAUAUAAGACAGUGAGUGUAACUCUGGACCCACAGUCAGCCAGCAUGUACCUGCAGCUGUCAGAGGACUGGAAAUGUGUGACUUACAAUAACAGCCUGUACCAGAGUACUUACCUGCACCCCCAGCAGUUUGACUGUGAGCCGGCAGUGCUGGGCAGUAAGGGCUUCACUUGGGGCAAGGUCUAUUGGGAAGUGGAAGUUAAAAGGGCGAUGUGGUCUGAGGAUGAAACAGACAGGGACAAGGAGGAUGAUUGGGAAGAGGAGGAAGAGGAAGAGGAGACUGUCUAUGUGGAUGGAUAUGAUGAUUGGGAAACAGAUGAGGAUGAGGAGUCCUCCUUGGGGGAUGAUGAGGAAGAAGAGGAGGAGGAGGAGGAAGUUCUGGAAAGCUGCAUGGUGGGUGUGGCCAGAGACUCUGUGAAAAAGAAGGGAGAGCUCUCCCUGCAGCCAGAGGACGGGGUGUGGGCACUGCGCCUCUCCUCUUUGGGCAUUUGGGCCAACACCAACCCUGAAGUUGAGCUCUUCCCAACAGUGCGGCCCCGGAGAGUGGGCAUUGCCCUGGAUUACGAAGGGGGCACUGUGACUUUCACCAACGCAGAGUCACAAGAACUUAUCUAUACCUUUACUGCCACCUUCACCCGGCGCCUGGUCCCCUUCCUGUGGCUCAGGUGGCCUGGAACACGCCUCCUGCUGAGACCCUGAGCAUCCUUCCUGAUGCCUUUCUCUGGCCCUCACCUAUUUUGGAAUUCCAGGACUGAAGGGGGAAGGAGGUGCCUGAAUCAAGGGAGAGAAGGUACCCUGAGUCCUCUGCUGAUCCCCUCCCUGUGGGUGUGGCCCCUGAGACUUCACUCAGUACUGCUGCUCCACCCACAUUGCCUUGGCCUGCUCUUCUCCUGCCUCCUAUGGGACCUGUGCAAACUUCCAACCCUGAAGAUCAUGUGGGCUCCUCCCUUCUUCCUGUCCACUGCCUUUGACCCAGUCCUGCAUUAUCUUUGUUGAGUAAAGGGCAAGAAGCAUUGUCUUGCCCAGUGUAGCAUCCCAUGUCAGAUGUCUUUGGAAAAAUAAUGGAAUGUCCCACCCUAGCCAUUUUGCUGUCCCCAAAUCCUAUAGCUUCCUUCUCACACAAAUCCACUCUGCUACCUUCCUUGGUACAUUAAACAGAGCUUCCCCAACUCAGAAUGAAACAUGUAUAAAUAGGCUGAAAAUGAACUGAAUGAAAAGUGAGGCUUCCCUGGCACUUGAGUGAGGUACCUAGAAUCCAGUGGAAGUUGUCUUCUAAUGGCCCAGAGCACAGGCUCUGCUCUUCUGAGAUUAGGGCUGUGUGUGUGAAGUUCUAGGUCUAAGGAGGCGGGGCUCCCUAUAGCACUCUGUGGUCUUGGGAAUGGUCCAAAAAUCUGUGGCUUUGGAUAACAGUUAUAAGCAGUGUGGGUUGGUCCUUGGGAGGAUGGUUUUUUAAAGAAUCCAGUAUAUCUUGUUCUUUUCAGCCCAUCUAAAAACACCAGGGAAGAUACCCACUCAAGCAAAGCCUCCCUUGCUUUGGAAGCUCUGAUAAGUUCCUCCAGCAGGGUCUCCAGACACUAGCCCUAUCAUUUUCCUAGCAGAGAGGCUAGAGAGGGCAAGACAGGCUGUGGGAGAGGGAAGGAAGGCAGCAGGAGUCCAUGAGCCCACCAGGUCUUCAUGUCAAGGAAGGAAUUAAAAUAUAUCUUCUGUCCACAGGCCCAGCCCAAAUACCUGCUCUGUCCAGCCCCUAAUGCUCACAGGUUAACACAUCACCCUGCUCCAGCCAGGCCACCUUGCAGCCACAUCCAUGCCCUGCACAAGGGACUGCUCCCAGCCACUGGAUUGUACUGCUUCUAUAGCCAGCAAUCUGUGUAUGCUACAUGCUGUCUGAGGUGAAUGCUACAUCUGACUUCACCUCUAGAUCUGUAAGCUCCUUGAGGGUGGGUGUCAUAUCUUGUUUUUCUCUUGUAUUCUCUGCAGCACCUAGUGCACUGCUGGGUGCAGAGUAGGUGCUCAAUAAAAUCUUGUUGAAUGGACAGCCUGUAUUUAUGUAUAUUUUAUUAUAACUCAGAUAUCACCAGGCCUUCUCAGACUAACUACAAAGGUUCCACUGACAGCAGUAGCC